AUGAACGUGUCCGGUAUUUUGCUGCCAGUCUUGGCUGUUCGAGCGGCGGUAACCGCCAAAGACGCUUGGACAUCUGCACUCAGCUGCUCUCCAGAAGCCGCAGACUCGACACCAUUGUCACUGGAGAUGAAAAAUGGGUCCUCCACGUCAACCACACCCACAAACGUGCGUGGUGCACUGGCGAUGAAAUGCUGUAUCCUUUCGUUGGAAGGUGAAAUCCAUGAGAAGGUCAUGCUGAGCGUCUGGUGGGGAGUUCAUGAAAUCUACCGUUUCGAACUGCUGCCGGACAACACGACAGUUACUACCGAGGUCUACUGCGCUCAACUGCAAAGACUGGCCGACAAGAUCCGCAAGGAGCACCCGAAGCUCGACAACGUUCGCCUGCUGCACGAUAGCGCGCCGCCUCACAUCGCGAAGAAGAAUUCCCAGAAAAUUCUGGAGCUCGGAUGGGAAGUUCUACCGCACCCACCGUACAGCCCGGACCUGCCCCCAGUGACUACCACCACUUCCGAUCGCUUCAGCAUCACUUGGAAGAGAAGCGCUAGGAUGAUCGUGACCACCUCGAAAAUGACCUUCGGAGUUUCUUCGCCUCCAAGUCACCGGAGUUCUACACCAAAGGAAUCCGUGAUCCUGUGUGACGUUGGCAGAAGGUUGUCGAUGUUGAUGGAGAUUAUUUCGUCGAAUAAUAAAAUGUUCUCAAAAAGUUGUGUUGUUUCGAAAUUUUGCCGUAUUUCGGCAGAUACUUUCCGAACACUUUAA